CUACAGACUUUAUCGCCCGUUACAACAGAAACCUGUUUAUACCCAGAGAGCAACCACUUCCCCCCUGACAAACAACAUGACUUCGCUAGUAGUUCUCUGUGUCUGUUUCGUUGGCUAUGGUACAUUAGCCCAGAAUUUGGAUUUAUAUGGAGGUGACGUCUGCAAAGACGUACAAGGCACAGAAUGGACGUGCAAGCCCGUCAGUCAGUGCAGUAAGGCGAUCCAGUUGCUGAAGUCUGGUGUACGUCCACAGAUCUGUAGCUUCCAAUUGAAUGAACCCGUCGUAUGUUGUGAGCCAGAUCAUGAAGCUGAGCUGCAGCCACCCACAACAACCGUCGACCCUUUGUCAUCUCGUCGAACGACCUCGCACACGAGGCAACCACAAGUACCUGGCUUAAGAGCACAGCAACGGUGUCGAGAGUAUGCAGACAGCGUGUUUAUAAAAUUGGCUGACUUCGGUUUGGAUACCAAGGAAGAGAGGAUAGACACCUGCAACCAAGUGGAGUCUCUGAUAGUAGGAGGUCAGGACGCCAGACCUAGAGAAUAUCCACACAUGGCUCAAAUUGGUUACGGAGAGGAAAAUAAGAUUGCUUGGAGGUGUGGGGGCAGUCUGAUCAGUAGGAACUAUGUUGUUAGUGCUGCCCAUUGUACUACAGUAUACAGGCAGUCUGCGAGCUGGGUCCGUCUGGGUGAGUACAACAUCAAGGUCACGACAGACGAGAGUACAGGUGACGCCAGACCUGUGGUACACAAGAUUCUGAGGCGGAUCAACCAUCCGGACUACAGACCUCCUCUAGCAGAGAACGACAUCGCCCUCUACCAGCUGGAGACCGACGUGGAGUUUAAUGAGUACAUUCGCCCUGUUUGUCUACAGAUAGAUACAUCUAUUAAUCGCCCGUACGCCAUCGCUACAGGCUGGGGAAACACAGAAUAUGGAGGGAGAGCCAGUGAUGUUCUGCAGAAAGUGAACCUGACUUUGAUAUCGGAAAAGGAGUGCAGUGAAUUCUACAAGCCCAACAGAGACACUCUACCCAGUGGGGUGCGGCCUGAAUCCAUGCUCUGUGCUGGGGAUACAUUCUCCCUCCGUGAUUCCUGCCAGGGGGACUCCGGAGGUCCACUGCAAGUGCCGCACCCACAACUCUACUGCACAUAUUCUCUGGUCGGUGUCACAUCCUUCGGUCUGGCAUGUGGCGUCAAGCCUGGGGUCUACACGAGGGUCUCCCACUUUGUACCCUGGAUCGAGAACAUUGUCUGGCAAUAAAACAUAAUACACCUCAGA